AUGCCCAAGGAAAUGAAUAAAACUUAUGAUCACCCUGAACCUCCCUUUGUAGCUGUCUCCUCAAACCCUAAUACCACUAUAUUGCUAGCCACUGCAUUGGUACACUUGAAAGCUAAUAACGGUAACACAGUUGUAGCCCGAGCCGUUAUUGACUCCGCAUCUAUGGUAAGCUGCGUAACAGAAAAUAUUGCUAACCUGCUUAUGCUUAAACGGACAUUUUCCAGUAAUUCCAAGAUAGAUGGCCUAUCAUCAGUAGAAGUUAAAUCUAAAGGUGUGUCAAAAGUUAACAUAUCGUCUCUUAGCGGAGAAAUGAUUGCUGAUAACAACCCAGUCCUUAUUCUAGACAGAAUAACCUCAAACCUCCCACACUCAGAAGUUCCAGUUAAUGUUAAAGAAUACUUCAAACAUUUGGUCCUGGCUGAUCCAACUUUUCAUUUGCCUAGUAAGAUAGAUGUGCUCAUAGGUGCUGAUCUAUUCGCUAAAGUAAUCACUGGUGAACGCAUCAUCAUUAACAAGGAUCUUCCUGCUGCCAUGAAUUCUGUAUUUGGAUAUCUUAUCAUAGGAUCUGCCCCAACUCUUCCUGCUGUAGCCCCUCAAAAAACAGCCCCUCAAUGCAAGGGUAAUGUUUCUUUAUUAAGUACUCAAGAUAUUGAUUUGCACAAUUCUCUGCAGAAAUUUUGGACUCUAGAGGAACCUCCCAUCAAACUUCAUGUAACAUCUGAACAAGAAAUUUGUGAACAUCACUUUCUAAACACGGUCUCUAGGGAUUCAGAUGGACGCUACUUUGUUAGGCUACCCAUAAAAGAAAAUCACCCCCCUCUUGGUGACUCAUCAUUUUGCGCUCGUAAUAGAUUCCUAUCACUUGAAAGAAAAUUAGAAAGUCAGCCUGAAGUUAAAGCAGAGUAUAGUAAAGCCAUACAUGAUUUAUUGUCAUCUAGUCACAUGGAACCUGUUAACCCUCCUCCAAACAGUGAUAAUAAACAAUUUCACUUACCUCACCAUGCUAUUGUCAAAGUAGAUUCCUCAACCACCAAGCUUCGUGUAGUAUACGAUGCAAGCGCACGCAGCUCCUCAGGUGUCAGCCUUAACGAUAUUCUACAUACCGGGCCAAAACUACAUAAUGAUCUUAAUGAUAUUCUGUUAAAGUUUAGACUUUCCCCUAUUGUCUUCUCAUGUGACAUCAAACAAAUGUUUCGUCAAAUAAUGAUCCACCCAGAUGAUAGAAACUAUCAAAUGUUGUAUUGGAGAGAUGACAAAGACGACCCCCUUUCAGUUUACCGUUUAACUACAGUUGUGUUUGGAUUCAACUGCUCACCCUACUUGGCACUAAGGACACUUCACCAACUUAUCACUGAUGAAGGCGCAAACUUCCCUCUGGCAGCUGAGGCUUUAAAGAAACAAGUAUAUGUAGAUGAUUUAAUAUUAGGUGCCAACAGCAUAGAACAAGCUUUGGUACUAAGAAAUGAGGUGGAACAACUUCUUUUAAAAGGAUGUUUCGAACUGAGGAAAUGGACUAGCAACUGCCCUCAAAUCAUGGAAACUCUCCCCGACUCUUACAAAGAAACUCCUCUAUAUUUCAACUCCUCAGAUCAACCUUAUUUCAAGGUACUAGGUAUAAAAUGGUCACCUAACUCAGACACUUUCUCUUAUCAGUUGAAUAUCCCAGACACGCCUCCCACUAAACGAGGUAUACUUGGAACAGUUAGCAGAAUAUUUGAUCCAAACGGUUGGUUGACUCCAGUCACUCUUUGGGUAAAAGCGUUGAUACAAGUUUUAUGGGCACUAGGUUUAUCAUGGGAUGCGCCUGUACCUCCGGAUCUAACUGAAAAAUGGUCUAAGUUCCUCCAACAACUCCCUUUCUUAAGUGAACUUAGCUUACCUCGAUAUGUUUCCGUAGCUGAUGCUGUUCAUAUCAGUUUACAUGGAUUUUGUGAUGGGUCUGAAACAGGUUACGGAGCUUGUGUCUACUUGCGAUGUGUAAGUUCUUCCGGAGAAAUCAACGUACAUCUGUUAAUUGCCAAAGCUCGAGUAGCUCCUCUUAAGAAGAUCUCCAUCCCUAGACUAGAAUUGUGUGGUGCCCAUCUUUUGUCCAAACUCCUGAACUAUUGCAACUCUCUACUCUCUCAAGAUUAUCUUGUCAACGAAUUACAUGCUUGGUGUGAUUCAUCUGUAGUCUUGUCAUGGAUAAAAACUGUACCCUACCGCUUAAAAGUUUAUGUUGCAAAUCGAGUCUCAGAAAUUCAAGAACUUACUCCUACUUACAUAUGGAAACAUGUCUCAACUCAUUGUAAUCCAGCUGACAUUGCCAGUAGAGGAACCCUUCCCAUUUCUAUGAAAGACAACAGUUUAUGGUGGAACGGUCCCAAUUGGUUAUCUCUGGAUCAGGAAUCAUGGCCUAUUCCUCGCUUCACCCCUCUCCAAGACGAACAAUUGCCAGAACGUAAGGUCGAACCUUUACCAAUAAUGGUUACAACUAAAAAACCAGACUUAUUCAACAGGUUUUCAUCUUGGUCAACCCUCCAGCGAGUCAUUGCUUACGUUCUACGCUUCAAAAAUAACCUUACAAACCAGGUUAAAGAAUCAGGGUUUUUAAAGCUUGAAGAGCUUGAUAAAGCAACAAUCACUAUCUGUAAAAUGAUUCAGCAAACUGUCUUUUCUGAAGAUAUUUCUAGAUUGAAAGAUGGAAAACCUUGUUCCUCUCGUCUCGCGUCUCUCUCCCCCUUCUUAGACGAAAAUGGAUUGAUUCGUGUUGGAGGCCGCCUUAAGCACUCUCAAGUAUCCUACGCUGCAAAGCAUCCUAUUGUAUUGCCCAAAACUAACCAUGUCACCAAUCUCAUCGUUGAUCAUUACCAUUUGAAACACUUGCAUGCUGGACCUCAGUUUUUACAAGCCGUUUUAUCUCAGAAGUUUUGGAUCCUAUCUGCUCGAAGUAUUAUUCGAAGAAGAGUUUACAAGUGCAUCCGAUGCUUCAAAUGCAAUCCUAAGACAACAACUCAGAAAAUGGGAGAUCUUCCUCCACAACGAGUCCUACCCUCAAGAGUGUUCAACAACUGUGGGACGGACUUUUUAGGCCCAUUCUCAGUUAAACCUUGCAAAUUAAGGAAGUCCUGUCCAAUCAAAGUAUACGUUUGUAUCUUCAUUUGUUUUUCUGUCAAGGCUGUACAUUUAGAGGUUGUUACAGAUCUCAGUUCCGAAGCUUACCUAGCAGCAUUGACGAGAUUUGUCUCUCGACGAGGGUUGUGUAGCAACAUCUACUCGGACUGCGGAACAAAUUAUGUAGGUGCCGCUAAUGAAGUUCAAAAGAUUGUUAAGAAUUUCUUCGUCCAGAAAGAAACUCAAGAAGCUCUUAGUAAGUUUGCAAUGGAAAACAACAUUACAUUUCAUUUCUUACCCCCCGCAGCUCCACACCAAGGUGGCCUUUGGGAGAGAACUGUCCGCAGUGUCAAACACCAUCUUCGGAGAGUCAUAGGCGAACAGAUUCUUACUCUUAAAGAGUUCAUCACACUAACAACUCGCAUCGAAGCAAUUCUAAAUUCACGGCCCAUAACCCCACUUUCAUCUGACCCCAGCGAAAUUGAUUGCUUAACUCCUGGUCAUUUUCUGAUUGGAGGACCUCUUUUAUCUCUUCCCGAACCUGACUGGAAAGAUGUCUCAACAAACAGAUUGUCAAGGUGGAAGUUUGUUCAAGCCUUAACCCAAAGUUUUUGGAAAAGAUGGCAAAAAAAAUACCUCUACACGUUGCAACAACGAGGGAAAUGGAGAAGUCCUCAACCUAACAUAAAAAUUGGAGAUCUUGUCCUAUUGCAUGAACCAAACCAACCUCCCCUUUCAUGGCGAAUGGGACGUGUCAUUUUAACUUCCCCAGGGCAAGAUGGUCUUGUACGAGUUGUACAGUUAAAAACUUCAUCAGGAACACUCUCCAGACCUAUAACUAAAGUCUCACCCCUACCAAUCAAUGAUGAAUGA